AUGUUGGCAGAACUCUCAUCCAUCCACUACCCGGUGAGCUUACUCAUUAUAUCCAAUUACACUAUGUCCACUUACGCGCUUUCUAUAUUCACAUGCAUUGGCAUUCACUCUCUAUCAUUUGCACCUCAGGCGACCCAGGACCCCUGUGGCCACAAUGACAUUGUCUUUCAGCAAUUCUAUCUAUCACGCACUGGCGAAACACAUCGUUGGCGACUGCGCAGCAUACGGAUCUACCAAAACACAGUGCUGAGAUGGGCGAUCAGUGUGUAUGCGGACACAACCCACGCUCUACAUUCCGAAUAUCUCCAACGUGCGCAGGACUGCCUUUACACCACGCGCUAUCCGCUCUUUACAGCGCUCGAGUGUCCAGACUUCUUGCCCUGCAGCGGUUCAUUCUGGGCCAUUGCUGCAGCGCUCCACAUUGAGCUUCGUGUCUUCGACAAUGUACAGCGUGACCGAGGCGCUAGGACAUGCACAUUGAGUAAUCCUCGUGCCACAUUUGGCUCCCCCAGCGCACCGUCUUUUGCGAUCCUGCCAUCGUUCGGCAGAAUCGGUAUGGCCGCAAGGUCCUCCGCGCUGGUACCCGACGUGACCGGCCGAGAACUCGUGGAAUACUUGGAGAGACAAGAGCAGAUUUGCACUACCGUUGACAGCGAUGGUGAAGCGAAGUCAAUAGCGUCUGAACUUCGUUUGAGAAAAGUGGCCUGGGCUGUACAGCACGACGUGUCUGGGCAGAUGCAUGUCGAUUGCGUCAACGGAUUUCGCACAGAUACCAAGAGAGCUUUUGGCAUCGAUCGGGGCAUUCAUCAACACCAUACCUACCAGAUAUUCGUCCCAUUCCUUGUGCCUAAGCAAGCUGCAGACACCGACUGCUGGCAUAUCCUCGCAACGCUCUUCCUCCAUAUCCAUUUCAGUGCAGUCUUGAAUUCUGCAAUAUGCUUACCAAGUUUUGCCUUACGCAACAUGAAAGGCCUUUUAUUUACACCCGUCAGCACUCGACGCGUUGGUGGAUUUUCACUUGGGACAAUUCACUUUCAGGUCUCCAGGCUAAUGCAGCGCACCUCUGCCUGGCCUAGAUGGCAGCACCCUUCUCCACUGUCAGAUCUGCUCGCAGCCCUGCAUCGCCAUUUGUCUGUUGCACGACAUGGCAGACAGAUCGCCACAAUGGUGCCCAGCUCUUCACAUGUUCCACCGAAGAACUGGAGUCUAGUCAACUCUCCUCCACUAUUGCAGCCUUUGCGAACGGACAGUGUCACUGACUGCACUGAUACCUUCCCAAUCGAAGAACUCACCCUCGAGUCGGGGAUUGACGUCUCUCGCACGCGAGAAGAGAGGCAUUCCGAAGUCGAGCCGCCUCCAGCGCCACUCAGAGAUAGUAUCUCAAUUCGUCUGGACGGGACAGCCUCUUCUUUCCAUACGCCGUCUCCAGUGAGAAGUUCGCCCAAGUACUACAAUGCAUUUGAACAGGACCAUGGAACCUCCCGGGGAAAAGACUCAGUUCACGGCGAUUCGCUGUACCGCUGCUUGGCCAAGAUACUGAUAGGAGAUUACCAAGCAUAUGGCUGUAUAAGCGACGCUGUGCUCCGUUUCGCGCUCGAGGUACGAGCAAAUGAGAAACACCCUCUCCAAGCUGAGUACAUGCGAAGAGAGCGCGAUUUCACUGACUCAACCCAAUACCCAUUGUUCACUGCGCUUGAGAGCCCAGACUUCGUAUCAAAUAUUGAUGUUCUCUGGACGAUCGCCAUGGCGCUUCGCAUCAGAAUACGUGUGUACGGCAAGAUUAUACGCUGUGGCGACCAACUCCGCAAAGUUGACGACGUUCUUAACCUGAUCGGUGAAGAGUAUGCGCCUCCAGUCGCCGUGCUUCAGCAGAACGGAUGUCGUGGCAUGGCGGUAAAGUUCGCUGCUCUCGUUCCCGAUGAUAGUUGGCGAGACCUCGUAGAGCUCCUGCUCCGAUGGCAAAAGGGCCCAAGCCCCAGGGACCCGGGAUCGGACGUCAAGGACGGGAUGCAGACGAGACGUUUUAGCUGGGUCAUGAGAUCUCGAGAUGGCGGUGCUAUGGAGGUCGUUUGCGAUAACACCUACAGGCAAGGAUCGAACAGCAAUAUGAUCAAGAGUACAGAUCAGCUUCAACGACACGACACCUGGCAGACCCUCGUACGCGAUCCUCGCGACAUCGCCGAAGCACUUUCUCGAGUCAAAUCAGCCAUGGACACCGCUCCUAAUCAAGGACGUAACGUUCGUACCAACAGUGAUGCCGCUAGUCCUAAGUCCCCUCCGCCUGGCUUUGGAGAAAUUCAUCGAACUGCAGGAUCCGCUUCCGUGGUAAAUGAGAUCGUACCUGGAGCUGCUUUGCGCGGUGCCUGGGAUUCUUUCCUCGCUCAUUCGAAGCGCGGUCAAGACGGUAGGAAACUGGGCAGACUCGUUAGACUCCAGAGUACGAACGAUACUCUCGUGAUUGCGUUUCAGGAUUUGAGACAGGAGACACUUGUCGCGAACGCUAUUAGUGCUAUCGGAAAUAUGACGAGUAGAGCGGAGGUAUUGAACAGCGCGAGAGAAGCGACGAUUGAGACCAUUCGGUGGGAAUGUUACUAUAGUCCUUAUGAUAUUUUGGAUCCUAAAGGGAGAGAGUUUCGUCGACGUGUUGAAGGAAUGGAGGAGCAUUGGAACCUGUCAGCGCUGUUGCAUAGACCUUGGGAAGAUUUCUAUGGGAGUUGGAUGCUUUGGAGGGGGAGAUUGGUCCAUCCUUUGAUACUAAGCCCAAGACUCCCACUCAACACGCGUAUGACCUUUCUUCUCGAUCAAUUUUCUCAUAAUAGCUUCCUCGGCCUCCAGACGGACAAAUUGGAUAUGGCAAGCCAAACCGGAACGAACAUAGCUUGA